AUGUUCAGAAUGGCACCGUUUCGUAGAAAAAAACCGGAUAAAUCGUUUCCCGUGAAAGUGAUUACGUUCGAUUCGGAAUUGGAAUUCAAGUUGGAUUACAAAGCAACGGGCGGAACACUGUUCGAUUUGGUGUGUCGAACGAUCGGAUUACGUGAAACGUGGUUCUUCGGUUUGCAGUAUGAAGACAACAAAGGCUUAUCCACCUGGUUGAAACCCGAUAAAAAGGUCCUCGAUCAAGGUGUGAAACAAACGAAUGGCGGUUGUGUGUUCAUGUUCUACGCGAAAUUCUUCCCCGAAGAUGUUAACGAGGAACUGGUGCAAGAAGUGACACAGCAUUUAUUCUAUCUGCAAGUGAAACAAGCCAUUCUGUCAAUGGACAUUUAUUGUCCGCCCGAGGCAGCCGUGCUGCUCGCUUCUUACGCCGUUCAGGCCAAGUACGGGGACAGUGACGGCGAUGGAUGCGAACCAAACAUGUAUAAUAACGAAAGUCUGCUGCCACAACGCGUAAUCGACCAAUAUCAAAUGACACCGAAAAUGUGGGAAGAACGAAUCAAAACGUGGUAUGACGAUCACAAAGGAAUGUCACGCGAUGAGGCCGAAAUGGAAUACUUACGAAUUGCACAAGACUUUGAUAUGUAUGGCGUCAACUAUUUCCCAAUUACGAAUAAGAAAAACACCGAACUCUGGCUGGGCGUCACAUCAAUGGGCUUGAACAUUUAUGAGAAGGGCAACAAAUUGCAGCCAAGAACCACCUUUCAGUGGUCAGAGAUUAAACACAUUAGUUUCGACGAUAAGAAAUUUACGAUUCGGCCAAUUGACAAUAAAUCACCGAAUUUCGUAUUUUACUCACAAAAACUGCGAAUCAACAAAAUGAUAUUGGAUUUAUGCAUCGGAAAUCAUGACUUAUUUAUGAGACGUCGCAAACCAGACACCAUGGAAAUCCAACAAAUGAAGGCGCAAGCCAAGGAGGAGAAAUUGCGACGUCAAAUUGAGAAGAAAAAAUUGGCCAAAGAGAUUGAGCUGCGGAAAAUUGCCGAAUUUGAGAAGCAACAACUCGAACAGCAAUUACAUCAACUGAAAAAUGAAGUACGAAAUGCGAGCGAGGCUCUGCGUCGGUCGGAAGAGACGGCCGAAAUUUAUGCGGAAAAAAGUCGUCUAAAAGAAGAAGAGGCUCUGUUAACCGAACACAAAGCGCACACAUUCAAACAGGAAAUGGAUCGAUUGCGGGAAAGUCAUAUGAAAACGGAAAAGGAAAAGGCCGAACUGGAGCAAAAGAUUCGCGAUUCCGAAUUCUGUGUUAUCCAUUUAACCGAAGAGAAAGACAAACGGAUCGCCGAAGCGGAUAAAUUGAAAAAUGAAUUGAUUUAUGCACGCGAACGUGAGCGCGAAGCAACCAAGAAAUUACUGAAUUUCUUGAGUCGAUCGGUGGCUCAAUGCUCCAUGGAAUCAAUAACCACGCUGACCAAUUCGAAUACCGAUUCGACGGCAUUCGACACCGAUUUGACGGCAUGCGAUCUAAUCGUGGCCAGCGGCGAUAUGCAACAGAUUACGAAUGAAAUCGAAAAGAACCGUGUCGAAUAUAUGGAAAAGUCAAAACAGGUGCAGAAUCAAUUGCGCACACUUCGCUCGGAAAUUGAAUUGCUGAAAAUCGAAGAGAAUCAAUGUGCCUUAGAUAUAAUUAGUGCCGAACAAAUGCGUAGCGGUGAAACGAAAUACUCAACAUUAAACAAACUCAAAUCAGGCUCGACGAAAGCGCGAGUAGCUUUCUUUGAGGAGCUUUGAACAGAAAAAAAAUCCGAAAUUACCCAUGUUUUAUCGCACACGAAACAAAUAUAGAGGAAUCGAUUUUAGGAUUUUUAGAUUUUGUCUCCUAAUAAAAACAUAAUUGUUUUUUUUUUCCUAAAUCAAUCACAAUUUUCAUGAAGCACAUUUUUACUUUAAUUUUACAAAAAACAACAACAAAUCUUUGCAAUAAUUCAUGACAAAUGCCAGGACAUUAAAAAAAAAACGUCGAUCAAGUCUCUAAAUUGCAGAAAAACCAAAUUUCUUCUCAUUAAGUUCAAAAAAAAAAAAUUAACAAUGCCAAUUCAACUCUUUGUUUAAGUCAAAAUUACUUAAAAUUUCAUUCAAAUUCGAAUCGAAGAAUCGAUUAAAAAAAAUAAGUCGUGCAUGUAAAAAGUAUUGAAAUAUAAGAAGUUUAGAAGUUUACAAAAGAAUGCCUAGGAAUAAAAUGGCAAUGAUUUAAUUUAUAGAAAUAAAAAAGAUACAUAAAAGGAAGAAGAAAUAUUUGUGCGAUAUAUUUAAUGGAUUGUUACUCAUUCUGUUACUACUAGACACUUGUUUUGUCAAUUUGUGCCUUCAACAAUGUUUGCGACCAUUAAAUUCAUUUUAAGAAAAUUCUAUUUUGUUGUACUGUACAAUUAACAAACGCACCGUGGCAAAAGCAAUUGCCAUUAUUUUUUUUCGCUUCAAACAAAAGACCAUCGUUACACAAUUUCAACUAUUCAUUAGAAAGAGCCUGACUGAAAAAAAAAGAUAUAGAGAAGAAAGAAACACUAUUUUUUAUACACAUUUAAAAAAAAAAAUCAUUUACAUUUUAUACAAUGUCAAGUCAAUUAUAUACACACACAGAACGAAAAUCUAAUUUUAAGAUUCAUACAACCAAAAUUGGUUAAGGCGUUUCAUUUUCAAGCAUUAAUUAUUCAGAUCUGUUUGUAAUUUAAAAUUUAAACCAAAAUAACGAAUAAACUAUGAAAAUAAAUGGAAUCAAAGCAAAAAUAAA